GAUGAUCAUUACAUAAUAUACAUAGGAAAUUAAUGCGAUUUAAUAUUAAGCGUCUAUGAAAUAAAAACGUAAAUAUUAUUCAAUAAAACUGCAUUUAAAUAUAACAAAAAAAAAUCAUUUUAUAUAUUACAUAAACGUAUUGUAUAAAUAUAUUUUUAAAUAUAUAAAUUAUACUUUCUAUUGUUUUUUUUACAAAAUAAAUCUUCGAAUAGUCGAAUUUCCUUGGAUUAAUAAUUUAUUAUUAAAUUGACAUAAAUAAGUAAUUUUAUAAGAAUAGUAUUUCUUUUAAUGAAUUAAGUGAAGCAAAUAAUUAAAUUAUAUAAUAAAUUAUGAGUUGAAGUUAUUAAUUGUUGAUCAAAUAUCAGUAGCACAAUUUGUCAUCGUUUUAUUUCUUGACUAUACGAUUUUACCAAUAUUAUUAUUAUUAACUGAGAUAAUCAUUAAUAUUGAUUAUCGAGUUUACAAUUUAAAAAGAGUUCUUAAGCAGUAAUUGGAAUCAAUUUGUAUCAUUAUGUAAAAAGCUUCAGUACUCACCGAUGUUAACUUUUGUUAUUGAUUGAAUUUUCAUGAAAAUGUAAUUUAAAUUUUUUUAAUAGUUAAUAUUAUUUAAAUAUUUUAUUUAUAUUUAUUGAUAAAUAUAAUUAAUGAUAAAUAUUAUGAACAAAUUUAAAAAGAAGUAACUUUCUAUUUUAUAUUUCAAUUUUGUGAAUCAAGAUUAGUUCUCCUAGGAUUCGAUCACGUGGUUUUGUUUAUAUCCGGUAACUUAAUUGAAUAUAAAUAUUAAUUGUAAAAAAUUAUUAUCUAAUUAAAAUGUUUUUCAAUAUAUACAAUGAAAAUAUGAUAAUAAAAAAAUUUAAAAAUAAUUAGUAGUUAUAUAAGAAUCAAGAAAAUUUUAUAAAAUAUAAAAAUAUUAUUCAAUUUUAUUUUUUAUCCUUUAAUUAAUUUUUAAAUAUGGCUUCUACCUCUAAGAGACAAACUGCAAUUGGAAUUAGAAAAAAAGGUGUACCGAAAUUGGAAUUGACUGCUGAACAAAAAAAUGAUAUAAAAGAAGCAUUUGAUUUAUUUGAUCCAGAUGGCACUGGAAGGAUAGCUACUAAAGAACUUAAAGUGGCCAUUAGAGCUCUUGGGAUUGAACCAAAGAAAGAAGAAAUAAAAAGACUUAUAGCUGAUGUUGAUCCAGAUGGUCUUGGUACAUUAUCAUUUGAAGAAUUUCUAAACUUAAUGUCUACAAAAAUGUUAGAAAAAGAUACAAAAGAAGAAGUUUUAAAAGCAUUUCGCCUUUUUGAUGAUGAUAACACAGGAAAAAUAUCUUUCAAAAAUUUAAAACGAGUUGCUCGAGAAUUAGGAGAAAAUCUUACAGAUGAAGAAUUGCAAGAAAUGAUUGAUGAAGCAGAUAAAGAUGGUGAUGGAGAAGUUUCUCAAGAAGAAUUUUUACGUAUUAUGAAGAAAACUAAUUUAUAUUAAUAUUUUAUAAUUUAUUCUUAAAUUAUUUAAAAAAUAUUAUUUCUACAUAAGUUAUAUGAUUUAUAUAAAAGAAUACUAUAAAUUAUUAUUUCUAUUAUUACAUUAUAAGUUUACAUUAAAUUUAUAUAUAUUCUACAAUUUAUUUAUUUUAAAUAAUAGUAUAUAAUAUCAGAUACAAGAUAGUUAAAAAAUAAAUUUUUAUAUAAUGCAAUAAUAUAAUAAUAAUGUAUAAUAAUAUAUAUAUUAUAUAAUAAUAUAAUAUAUGUAAUAAUUAUUAAUCAAUAUAAAAUAAUUGAUUUGUAUUAAAAAUGUGGAAAUAUUGAAAAAAAUGUUUAAUAUUUUGUUAAUAAACAUAAUAAUAUAAUUAAUAUAAUAAAA